AUGAAGGAUAUCGAGAAGCAGCAACAAGGGCCAUUGAACGAUUCAACGUCGGAGUCGAAGGAAUCUCCUCACAGGCCAGAAGAUGCCGGCCUCGCAGACGAAUCGAAGGACAAUGUCGACGAAAAGGGAUCACAGCCUCCUCCAGCUCCUGCAGGCGGCCGCAGCAGGACACAAAUUAUCCUCCUCAUGUCCUCUCUUGGAGUAGCCGUAUUUCUCGCAGCCGUCGACCAAGUCAUAGUAGCGACCGCACUCCCAGCGAUAGCGGACAGCCUAGGAGCAUCCUCCUCAACAUACGCCUGGAUAGCAUCAUCAUAUCUGAUCGCAAACGCAUCUUCCAUCCCCAUCUGGGGAAGGAUAUCCGACAUAUUCGGCAGAAAACCGUCCAUUCUGAGUGCGAAUGUGAUCUUCAUGGUUGGGAGCCUGAUAUCCGCACUGGCGCACGAUCUGACUACGUUGAUUGCCGGAAGGGCAGUACAGGGUGCGUCUUGGGGAUGGAGACAUGGAAUCUUGUACUAACAGCUGCCAGGUCUGGGAGGCGGAGGCCUGUUGGUGCUGGCAAACAUCUGCAUUAGUGACAUCUUCAGCUUGCGGUAUGAACUCGAACUGCUCUGCAUGUUUAAUGGUAGCUGACCUGAACUAGCGAGCGAGGCUUCUACCUGUCCAUAGUCGGCGGCGUCUGGGCAAUUGCAUCGUCUAUUGGUCCUCUGCUCGGCGGCGCGUUUGCUGAGUAUGUGACCUGGCGUUGGUGCUUCUGGAUCAAUCUACCCAUCGACGCGGUAUCCCUCGUCGGGCUCUUCUUCUUCCUCGAUGUACACAAUCCAAGAACUCCAAUCCUCGACGGCAUCAAGGCAAUCGACUGGCUCGGCGCACUCACUUCUACUGGCGGCACUAUCAUGUUCCUUCUGGGACUCGAUUUCGGCGGCAGCGUAUACCCCUGGCGAUCAGCACCGGUCAUCUGUCUCAUCGUAUUCGGAGUCGUGACAUGGGCUUUAUUCGUGCUAAUCCAAUGGAAAGUUGCAAGUUUCCCAUUGAGUCCGCUCCGGAUAUUCCAAUCCCGCAGCACGGCAGCGAUCAUGAUCUUGUGCUUCUUCCACGCCGUGGCGUUCAUCAGCGCGGUAUUCUACCUACCACUGUACUUUCAGGCCGUGCUCGGGGCAAGUCCAUUCUUCAGCGGCGUCUGGAUACUCGCACUCGCACUACCACUUGCUGUAGCAAGUGUGGUAUCUGGAAUGGUGAUCCUUAAGACCGGCCACUAUCUCGGCCCCAUCAUCGGAGGAAUGGUCUUUUUGACGCUGGGUGUGGGCCUGUUCAUCGACUUUCCCGAUUAUCGUUCCUGGCCGCGCAUUAUUAUCUACCAGAUCAUCGCAAGUCUCGGGAUGGGUCCGGUGUUUCAAGCGCCAAUCGUGGCUCUGCAGACCAAACUACAACCCAAAGACAUUGCAGCAGGAACGUCGGCUUUCCAGUUCCUUCGACAGCUCUCGUCGGGCAUUGGCGUUGUCAUUGGUCAAGUCAUCCUCACGUCUCAGGUCCGGCAGAAGGCGUCUCUCUUCACCGGAUCAGGAAUACCGGCUUCGAUCGCAUCGCAAUUACAGUCUGGGAGUCUCGUUACCGCGAUUCGGUUGCGACCGGAAUUGAACAAUGCCGGAGAGCUGGAUGCCGUGAAGAUGGCGUACACGGAGAGCCUGAGCACCAUGUGGAUCUUCUUCACAUGCGCCUCGGCUUGCGGAUUGGUUGCGUCGCUGUUCAUUGGCCAGCAGGUGUUGACCAAGAAGCAUCAGGAGUUCAAGACGGGGUUGCAGACCCAGAAGACCUAG